CAACCGGCGACCCUUUGAAAGUCUUGAGUCUGACUUCAGUCCGAGAGAGACUAUGUCCGCCGUCAUCGGUGAACUGUACUCAUCCCUAAUCUCAUUUAGAAGUAAUUCUCCAUGAAAUACCAGUAACACGGGGCCUCAAGGAUGGCCAGUUCGGGUGCUGUUCAGGUGAAACUAGAACUUGGUCAUCGUGCCCAGGUCAGAAAGAAACCCACAGUGGAAGGCUUCACCCACGACUGGAUGGUGUUUGUUCGAGGACCAGAGCACAGCAACAUCCAGCACUUUGUAGAAAAAGUUGUUUUUCAUCUGCAUGAAAGCUUCCCAAAACCAAAAAGAGUGUGCAAGGAUCCACCAUACAAAGUGGAGGAGUCUGGAUACGCAGGCUUCAUCUUGCCUAUUGAAGUUUACUUCAAAAAUAAGGAAGAACCGAAGAAAGUUCGUUUUGAUUAUGACCUGUUCCUCCACCUGGAGGGUCACCCGCCUGUCAAUCAUCUCCGCUGUGAGAAGCUCACCUUCAACAACCCAACGGAGGAAUUUCGUCGGAAGCUGCUGAAAGCCGGAGGGCAACGAGAUCCUCACAAACGAAGUUCAGAAGACUCAAAAGUAAUGGUAAUGCAGGAGGGCUCAACCUCCCUGUUCGGCCAGCACCUCAAGCUGCCUACACUUCCCAACAGCUCGCUGACGUCCUCCUUCUCUGACCCAAAGAAGAGCAAAAGCUUCUAUGGAUCAAAGGAUGGCUCAAAAGGAAGCGGAACUACCCUCCUCACCACCCCUACAACCACCAGCACCAACAGCAGCAGCUUCUCCAAACUCUACAAACCCUCCAAGGACCACAAAGACAAGCCUCCAAAAGACUUGAAAGAGCCCAAAAGUGCCUUCAGAGACUCUGGCUGGGAACCCAGCAAAGCCCCCAAAGAACCUUCCAGGAAACCCAAAGAGAACCAGCCACUUCGAGAUAUCAAUCCUAAAAUGGGCUUCAAGGAACCCAAGUCUUUGUCCAAGGAGCACCGGAUUGAGGGAAUGACUCAUGGGGCAGGGCUAAACAAGCGUCUGUCCACACCUGACUGUGACGAUCAUAUGACCAAAAAACGCAAAAAGGGAUUUGUGGAUUCAUCGGGAAAGCAGACGUCUGGGAUAGACACUCAACAUUUGGAUAAGAAACUUUUGAAAGAUAGAUCGCAGAUGCGGAUGAGUAAGUUACAAUCAGAUGGAGAUGAGGCAGAGUGCAGGAAGGUGACGACACUUCCACCAUUCCAGGAACUGGUGGGCCACAAUGACUCUGAUGUUGAGGAUCAGUCAACCAAAUCAGAUUCUGAACAGCCCAGUCCAGCCAGUUCCAGCUCCAGUUCAGGGUUUGCUCCUACACACCACAAACGGCAAGUGGUGGACUUCAUCAUCAGGAAAAGGGUGGCUAUACCUGCCACCACUCACACAGUGCUGGGCCCACUGCAGUCAGUGAUGCAGGAUCUGCACUCUGAAGACAACGAUGAUGAUUCAGAUGAUGAUGAUGACAACGAUGUGGACUCUGAUGCAGAUCGUCCAGCCCACACACAUCUCAUGCACCACCAACGUAGGGUCAGUUUAAGUGACGGCAGUGAGAGUGAAAGUUCUUCCCCCUCACCCCCAUCCCGCAACGAGGCCCCACCAUUACUAAAGACUACUAAUACUCAGAUACUGGAAGUGAAGAGUCCCACCAAGCAGAGCAAGCAGGACAAAAGCAAAAACAUAGAUUGUGAUAAGGCUUACCUGGAUGAGCUGGUGGAGUUGCACAAAAGACUGAUGGCACUAAGAGAAGGUCAUAUAUUGCAACAGAUUGUAAAUCUCAUUGAAGAGACUGGACACUUCCACAUUACAAACACUACAUUUGACUUUGACCUUUGCUCAUUGGACAGAAGUACAGUAAGGAAGCUGCAGAGUUACCUGGAAACCUCCGGACUGUCCUGAGGCUCUGAGCAGCUGGCUGCUGGAUCUCUGACUUUUCUCAAAUAAAUUCCAACUUUGGAUGCAAUGCAAAAGCUUCACCGCGGCUGUGUCCAGCCUGCUGGCUGGACUGAGUUCUCUGAAUGAAGUGGUCGUCCCACUGCAGAAACCAGAGCCAGGUGUCGUGGGGAUGAGCCCUGUCGAUCAGGUGAUCACCCAGAAAGCCUUGAAAACUUCACUUGAUUGAAAUCACAGCGAGGAGGGCGACCUUGUUGCUCUCAAUGAAUGUGCAUAUUGUUGCCAUGUAUGUUUUUUGAUUUGUUGUUCAUUGUGACAAAUGCAUGGUCAACAUUGCCUUACAACAUUGUAAGUCUUAUUUAUUGAAUUUAAUUUGCAGGUGUGUGUGUUUGUAUUUGAAAUGGCAAAAAGAAGAAAAACUGCAGAAUAAGACUUUGUUGAAGCACUUCACAAAAGGCAGAUCUUUGAAUCUGUGUAACAGCUGAGCAUUUCUAUGACUCACUCUGUGUUGCUGAUUUGAACUCAAAUCAAAAAUCAAAUUGAAUCAUUUGACUGGGAGCAAAAAACUGCCACAGCAGGCGUUAGUUUGACAGUGAUGCAUUUCCACUCCAGUCUGUUUAGUUUCAGCCAAUGCUGUUCAUAAAUGUGGAGUUCCACAUAUUGCAAAAAAAAAAAAAAAAACUGCUUUCAUCAGCCAAGCGGAUACAUUCCUAAAUUACAUGAGGUCAGUUUUUUGUGGGAAUCCAGCUGGAGUGUUGUAUUUUCAAAAUAAAAACUGGAUUUAUAGCCUCAACUUUUUGAAAAUGAAAACUGUGUUUGUUUUGGGUUUCUGUACACUGAAAAUGUCCCAUGUGCACGCAAAUAACAAAGAGGAAAACAGUGUUAGUAGCAUCUACAGUAGGCUAAGGCAGUAGAAUCAGAAUUUGUUGGUUUCAGGUUGUUGGAAGACAUUCUUGAUGAACUGAGAAGCAUCAGCACACUUAGAGUAAAAAUAAACAUUAAUUUGAUCAGAAAACAUUGUAUAUCAAAUGUUGCUGCAAGUAACCAUAAUUUUGAUUGUCGAUUACUCUAAUUUUCUGGAUUAAUCAGUUCGGCAUUUGGAGUUGAAAAUGUUAAUCAGCGCUUCCCAAAGCCCAAAAUGGCAUUGUUUUAAUUUGUCCACAACUCAUAUAUUCAGUUCCCAUGUCAUAGAGGAAAGACACCAAAAAAUAUUCACAUUUCAGAAGCUGAAUCAAAGAAUUUGAACCCGUUUUUUAAAAAUAUUUUUUAAAAACUCAAACCAAUUAAUUAGUUAUAAAGAUUGCUGGUAAUAAUUUAAUAAUUGACAGCUAUUCAGUUAUUUAAUUAAUCGGUGCAGCUCUGCUAUUAAAAAUGAUUAAAUACAUUAGCUUGCACUGAGAAUAGCUACACAUAUUUCCAUGUAUUUGCCAGUUUCAGGCUUUGCUUGCCAUGCUCUUUCAAACAUUUGUUUUUGCUGUAAAGUGACCUUGGGUUUCAAGAAAGGCCUUUACAAAUAGAAUGUUUUAUUAUUACACUAUGUGUAGUCUCUGCGUAAAGUUGCUGAUAGUAUCAGAUGGUCUGUUUUGGAAAUUUGCAAAAUUUGUCGGAUGCAGCUUCUUGAUCUCUGCCGGUGAAUGGUGGGUUUCACGCGCGGUUAUAUGUUGUUUGAAGCUGAGGACUACAGUGUGAAUUGGAUUACUCCAGUUACGAGAGACAGCAUUUCAGUUUGAACUGAAACAUUGCUUUUUUUGUGUGUGCAUGUAAAAUUGCAAAAACUACGUACUUGGGUGCCCUCUAGUGGGGCACACUAUUUCAGCACACAGCAAAGCACAUUAAAACCCUAUCCACCAAAUGGGUGUCACUCGACAUUCUCCUCUGGAAUUGGCCUCUUUUCUACAAAAUAAAUUAACCUUAACGGAGCUAUCACAACAUAAAAGUUUUACAAAUGGCAGCUCUAACUUCCAUUGCCUAUGUUACAGCUGCUGUUAAAAGAUGCUGAAUUACUAUUAAUGAAUUUAUCUGUAAUGUUUUCAUACAACAGCAUUUGCCUGUUUUUUUAUUCACAGUUCUUUUUUUAUUUCAACACUGUAUACAAGAAGACAUUAGUGGCUGAUGGACUGAGCUGAGCAAAAAUAACUGAGAUGAAAGUUCUCAUAACAAUUGAAACUACAUUUUUACCAAAUUCAGGAAUACUGUGCUGCCCACCUGGUCAUUGACUGCAACUUAAAGGACACUUUGUUGUGUUGGCUCAAUUUCUACUGCAGGCCCAAUGGAACAUGCCAAAAGCAUAGUUAAUCAGCUUGGUUGGUUUAGAAUACUGCAAUUGUUUGUCUGCAGAAUAUGAUUUAAAGGAAAUAAUUCUGUCUUUGUCAUUGAGGAAAGUGGAAAGUUACGGGUGUUAAAAAAAAAGAUCUUUUAUUUAUUUUAUGAGAGUUUGAGUUAAAUCAAAGCUCAGCAUUAACUUUCCAAGAAGAAUGCUUUCUUUAGAUUUGUCACAGUCACAGAGGACUCUUGUCAGUUUGAUUAACAAAUGGAGGAUGGUGGUCCUUUCCAAACAACCUAAAGGGUUUUUCUUACCAUGUGCUUUGUUUUAUGGUUUCUUGUGUAUGUUGAGGACAUUCAAUAAAUAUUCUGUAUGAUGUACAGAUGA